UUUCAACACCUCGUCGGCACGGAACACCGCCCAAGGUCAAGAGUCAACCCACCCAACCACCGAUCUCCGUCUGUCGACCAUGGGAGCCGGCCAGGACCCGGAAGCCGGCGCCGCCGACGGCGGCGAGAAGAGGAUGGCCCACUCCUCCUCCUCGGGCCCGCUCCCGCCGUCGGAGCCGCCACACCUCCGGGGCCAGGACCCCGCGCAGUACCAGUACGGCACCUUCCACCCCCCGCCCCCACUCGCCCGUCGGCUUCCCCCAGCCUGCCCCGCCCGUCGGCUUCCCCCAGCCUGCCCCGCCCGUCGGCUUCCCCCAGCCUGCCCCGCCCGUCGGCUUCCCCCAGCCUGCCCCGCCCCCCGGCUUCUCCGCCGCCGGCUACCAGCAGCAGAAGCAGCCCUACGCGCCCGCCGACCCGUAUUACUCCCAGGGGUACCAGACCGGCCCAAGCACAGGAGCCAAGAGAAAGGGAUGGAGAUCCACCGCGACCGGACCGAGCAGGCGGUCAAGCGGCGCGCCCAGAUAGCCGUCCUUGUGGAGCUGCGCCCAGAUCGGCCAUGGCGCGACCGAGCAGUUGAGGAGGGAGGGAGAGUAGGACUGUAGGAGUGCUCCAGCUGCUCCUAUGCCCCAACCACGGCGUCGAUUCCACCUCGGCCACAACAAUAGCACCGACAGCCAUGUGCUUCUUAUCUCCCUCCCCUCGCCCCUGUUUGUUUAGGUUUGGCAUCUCCCUUCCCUUACUGCCUGAUGCGCGAGGAAGACUGAAUCUUUCCUCCUUCAAGGUCGGUUUCCCGCUACUCCAACCCUA